GUCUAAACGAGAAUAAUGGCAGAAAAUAAGAUCGUUGUCGCCUUCGACCUGUACGGAACACUCUUAUCAACAGAUUCAAUCGUGGAUACCAAAGCACAAUCCAUAUCCACGUCAUGGAGACGAUAUCAGUUGGAAUAUACCAGGAGACUCAACAGCAUGGGACGAUACGACUCAUUCUCCAACAUCACUCGAAAUUCCCUGCGUCAUGCCGUAGCAGAGCAUGGUGAAAAGCUCGAUGAAGACGCGAUUGACGAGCUUCUAAGAGCUUACGACAGCCUCUCAACUUUCCCAGACGUUCUGUCUACUUUGCGCCAACUGGCCGAUCGUCCCGAUAUCACUGCGGUGGUCUUUUCGAAUGGGACACAGGACAUGGUCACCAACUCUGUACGCCACUCUCCGGACCUACCGCCUCACAGUGCCGUGUUUGGGGAGAUCAUCACGGUUGAUGAGGUGAGGCAGUUCAAGCCUGCUUCAGCAGUGUAUGCCCAUCUUGCCGAGAAGUUGGCAAAAUCGCCCUCGUCACAAAUGGCGGACCUAUGGCUAGUCAGUGGAAACCCAUUUGACGUGCUCGGCGCUAGGAGUUGUGGUAUGCAAGCCAUCUGGGUGGAUCGAGGUCGUCGGGGAUGGAUGGAUGCUGCUGUACCUGAUCUACAGCCAACUGCUGUGGUUCAUGAUUUGAAUGACAUUCUCACUGUCAUUCGGUGA